AUGAGCGCAACCAGACUUGGGACGAGACCAUUGAGUACGUCUUUGCGUUUCUUUCAACAAAAGUCACAACCGCGAUUUGUGAAUACGAUUCAAGAAGUGUCAAAACCUGCGCAAGAGGACUCUUAUGAAAUAACGCGACCCAUUGGGUUGACUAAACCGGUCUUGCUCAAUCAUAAAUUGUCUGACACAUACUCCUUUGCGAAUAUUGGACAGGAACUAUUCGGAGCUCAAGCUAAAGAGAGGAGGCAAAAGAAUCUCGACUACGACAUCAAACACUCACCAAUUUACGAUAUAAAGUCAUUUCAGAAUACGAAAGGUAAAAUAUUCAAGCCUCCAAUUUCGUGGUUCAAGCAGGACAAGUCGCUAUGCUUUCCUGACUUUAUUGCGAAGACUUUGACAGGAAAGCUGAACAGUCUAUACGAUGUUCUUAACAAGAAGUACAGCAUAGUGAGAUUAUAUUCAACAGUAAUAGGUGAGAAGUGCACAAAUUCGUACUUUAAAGUUGGCGAAGAGGACUAUUAUACUACAGAUUAUGGAAAAUUCAUAGAAAAAUUUCCCAAUUUCCAAAUUGUUGAUGUCAAUAUGCCAUCGAGUUGGCUCAAAGGAUUUAUCUUGAACUUGUCUUUAUCCAAUUUGAGAAAAAUGAUUUCACCUGAGCGUUAUAAGAAUUAUUUCAUAUUGCCAUUGCAUAUAUUGCCUCCAGAGAUUAGGGAGCAGUUACAUUGCGACAAUCAAACAUCAGGUUAUAUCUACAUCCUUGAUCCUAAUGGUAAGAUCAGAUGGGCAACUAGUGGCUACUCUACUCCGGAUGAUUUGCAAUUGAUGUGGAAAGUAGUUGGAGGAUUGGAAAAGGAGGCAGCUCAGAGGAGAAGAAGAUGA